AUGGCAGAAUCAAAGAAGGCCACAUCUUCUUCUGUUAAUCCAAAAGAAAAAAGUUCACUUCUAGAUGAGGAAAUUGGUAAUGAAUUUCUCAGCUCCUGGAAAUCAAUGUCAGUAAUGGAAGACGAUGGAAUGGAUUUUAGCUUUGAUACGGUUUCCAAAGGCAAGAAGAAAGUGUUUGAUUUUGAGAAGCUGGAUAUGGAUUUCAAUCUAGAUGGUGACUUUAACAAGUUAUCAUCUUUCAAAAUGGACAUGCCAGACCUUGAUUUCUCAAGCCCGCCCAAGAAAGCUGCAAAAACCAAGGAGAGAUCUGAAGAAGAACCUUCCAGAGGAAAUCGUCAAGGGAAACAAGACCGUUUCAAAUUCUCUUUUGAUUUCAAUGAGUUGGAUAAUUUCGAUUUUGAUUCAAGCUUAAAGAAAAGUGAAAAUAGUUCUAAUAAGAAUCGAGAUAGCAGCAAAGAGGUUGUUUCUGAUAGAAGUGGGUCUCAAAACUCUAAAAUUGACCUGGCUGAAGAGAUUAGCACACUUGAUGGUGAUUCUGAGAGAGUGGCCACUUCAAAGGUUGAUACUACAUUACUUGUUUCAGGCAACGGUAAUUCUAUGAAUGAUGAUUGUGCAUCAAAAUCUGAGACCUCAGAAAAUCUGGAACUGCCAUAUAGUCCAACGUCUCCUGAAAAAGUAAUGACUAAGAGGGUAGAAGAAUCAGAUCAAGAAAUUCAUUUAUCUGAGAAGGCAAUGCCAACUGAACCAUGUGCUAAUCAGGCAACACAUGAGUUGCCUCAUCAACUUGUAGGAGGAGUUGAUUCAAAUGGAGAUACUGUUUUUGAAGGAAAAAAUGAUGACUAUUCUCAUAUCACAAACGUAAAUACCUUUUCAAGUGGAAAAGAGGAUGUUAAUGAGAAAAUGCCAACAAGAGACGGUCCUGAUCAUGAAGACUCGCCUUUGAAGGAUUCAUCUCCAAUGAAUAUCACUGGUUCGUGGAGUAAUAACGGUGGUAGGAGCAAGUCAGGCAGUGAUGUCUUGACAGAAAACUUUGAACCAGCUAUAGAUGAUUCAGAUCUUGAAGACAAUUCCAAUACAUUGGUCUCAAAGGAGACACCACAUAACAUCAAAAGUAUGAAGGAAGACCAAAAUUCAACUGGAAAGCUUCCCUUAUCCAUGCAGGGCAGUGAAUCUGCAGUUGAUGAAGUUACACUGACAAAUGAAAUAAAAACCGGACACUUCCACUCAAAUGUUUCUAAGAGAUUGGAGGAAGCUGGAUCUCAAUUGUGUCAGCCAUCAUUAAAAGGAGCAAAAUCUCUCUCGUCUGGAAUCAAAAGAAUUGGUAGCAUGCAUCUACAUCCUGCAAUUGAGCAAGGGGUGGGUGGUAUUGCUAAUGAUGCACAAAUUGGAAGCAAAUUGCUCGCUGCUCCUAUAUUAGUUGAUAGAGAAACCAAAGUCAAACAAGUAAUACCUGGAAGGGAGGACUUCAAUUCUGCUGGUGUACCAAAUAAGGCCAAACUGGUUGGGAAUUCACUCUUGUGUAAUAAAGAAGUAACAGAAAGGGAGCCUGUCCUAGGAAGUGGACAGAGAAAAAAUCUUAAUGAUCUCAGGCAUGUGGAAAUUUCUUCCAGUCAGGCUAGUCCUUCCAGCUCAAGUGAGAAGACAAGUAAACCUAGUACCCAGACAUGUGUCAAUUCAAAAUUCAUGCUGUCGAGCCUGGAGUCUAUGAGGAACACUAAGAUCAUUACAGCUGAAGGGAAUAAAGUUUUUACUGAUAAACCUGCCAAGAAGAAAACUGAACUUUCUACCUUGAACAUUUCAAAGAAUAUUGGUGGCAAUAAAGUUUCAUUUAAUGCUGCAUCUCGAAAAGAAGUAAAAUCCCUGAGUUCAGAGAAACACAUGGAAGUACAAGGCAAUGUGGAAUUGAAGACUGCCCAGAUUGUUGAUCGCAGUGAGAAACAAAUGCCACCAAACCUUUCCUUGAAGCGAAAAAAAUUUGAGGGAUCAGACUCAGGUUUAGCAUCUUUAAAGCCUAUAAAACGCUUCUCUCAGUCACCAAGUGAAAUCAGAAAUGUCACAGAACCUUCAAAAAGAGUUGUUGAAGAACAGGUUUACAUUCAUGAGAGUCAUUUGGAGACAAAGACUAAGACCACUUUAGAUGACCAUCCAACCUCUGGGCUUGGUAGUCCUUGCUCGAAUGCAAUGGAGCUUGAAAUUCAUUCAAUAAUGGAAAAUGAUGGAAAUGUUGAAAAGGCUGAAGCAUACACUAAGGAGCUUGAAGAUAUAUGUAACAUGAUGAAAAAGAAACACGAGCAAGCUAAAGAACUGCUCGUCAGAGCUGUUGUGAACAACAAUAAUCUGCUGAUGCUUAACCAUCCCAUCUACGAAGUGAAGAUAUCCUUCAGACUUUCAGAAAUUCGCCGCACAACUGGUGUCCAAGGAGCUUCAGACAUGUUCAAGAGCACCGACAGUUGUUAUAUAGGAUCAUGUUGCACUUUCUCUUCCGUGCUUUUGUUCGGACUUCAAGGGCCUGAUACUCCAAGCAAUCUAGCAAUGCCAACAUUGUUGAAAACUAAAUGUCAUGCUUCAUAG